AUGCCACAUGCCUGGGAAGACAUUCACCGGGUAGGGGUCACGGAGGACCCCGCCAGCCGUGGGGGGAACCUCACUCUAGGAGGAUCAAACUGCACCCAAGUCCAGCCCUCUCUGAAAAAGAAGCUGUCUCCUUAUUGCCCCCCUCCCCCCUCCCCUCCGAAAAAUAACAGCCCCGAGCGGCUGCCGUUUGGAUUUCCGGAUCCGACGCUCAGGACGAGAAGGAGAACCGGGAGCCGCCGGCCCGGAGCCCAGGGGCGACUCCCCGGCCGGGGAAGGGCACCGGCCACCGCACCGACCUUCCCGCUCCCUCUCCCCGCAGGGCUAGGCUGGGCGGAGGAGAGCCGCGAAAGCGGGGGUCACUUGCCGGGACGCCCCGCAGAGCUUGGUCGAGGGGCAGUACCCAGUAUGCGCGGGCCCCCGGACGAGCUCGUUCAUUGUCUCUCAGCCGCGGCCCCCGCCGCCCACCCGCGACGGUCCCCGCCGACCCCCACGCGGCUCGGCCGAGGGGGCCGCAGGAUGGGCCACGCCUGCCGCGCCUCGCCCCCUCCCUCCAGCCCCCACCCCCACCCCACCGCACCGCACCCCCCGGGGCCGCGCGCCGAGAAAGGGGAGGCGGCGCCCCCGGCUCACUCACCGCUGCGGCGGCCGGGCCGGGCCGGACCGGGCUGCCGGCUUCUGCUGCAGCCGCUGCUACUCCCGCCCCGCGGGCUGCGUGACCGGCCGGCGGGCAGCUGGGUGGGGAGUGCGGAGAAGGGAGGCUCCGGCCGCAGAGCCCUCUCUCACGCACACACGACACACGCCCCCUCCCCGGCGGCGGCAGCGCCCGCCCCGCGGGGAAGCUCGAGGCUGCGAAUCGCGGCGGGCUACGUGAGGACGGGCCGACGGACCGACCCACCGACCCACCAACGAGCUGACGAGCGGACGGUCUGA